UUUUCAAUUUGACAUUGAAGAGUGUUGGGCGCUUGAAAUUUGAAAGAAAUAUGGAAACAGAUCGAAAAAAACGCAAAUUGCGGAAAUGGUCACAGCACAAUAUGGAUGAAGCUUUUAAGUGCGUCCAAGCCGGCAAACUUUCGAUUUCUGCAGCGGCUAAAACAUAUAGUGUCCCCAGAAUGACAUUAGCUGACAGGCUGUCAGGGAGGGUGAAACUGGUCGCAAAAAUGGGGGCCUCAACCUACCUCUCUGCAGAAGACGAGACGUCGCUUUGUAAUUAUAUCGAUUACAUGGCAAAACGCGGUUUUCCAUUGACAAUCAGCGAUAUCAAAGGCUUUGCAUUUUCAAUUGCAAAAGAACGUGGUCAUGCUGAUACUUUUGAAAAAGAUGGUCCGUCGAGGAAGUGGUGGCGAGGAUUCAAAAAGCGGCAUCCCGAAUUUGGUCUCAGGCGCACUGAUGCGUUAGACAGGGGAAGGGCUGUUAUGGGUAGCACACAUGUCAUCAAAGGGUACUUCGAUCUUCACAAGGCCACACUAGAUGAAAACAAUCUAUUUGAUCAGCCCCAAAGAAUAUAUAACUGUGAUGAAGCGGCAUUGUAUCUCAAUAAGUCAACCCAGAAGGUUGUGGUUCCCAUCCGCCAGAAACACGCACACUCUCUCGCUGUUGCAACUAGUGAGCAUAUUUCCGUCCACUGUUGUGUAAACGCAGCUGGCAGUGCAAUACCACCCAUGGUCAUUUUUUCGGGGAGUUUGCCGGGAGGUCCAUACCACAAAAAUGGACCUAUCAACGCUCUAUAUUCUGCGUCUGAUUCUGGAUUCAUGAAUCAACAUAUGUAUUUUGAAUGGUUUGAGAAAUGUUUCCUUAAGCAUUGCGUACCAGAAAGGCCAGUUCUACUCAUUCAAGACGGCGCAUCAUCUCACGUUAGCGUCCCACUGCUUAAGUCAGCAAUUGCUAACGAUGUCAUCUUACUCAGUCUGCCGCCAAAAACAACACACAUUCUCCAACCUUUAGACGUGGCUGUGUACAGAAAAAUGAAGAUAGAAACGGCAAAAGUCAUGUCACAGGCGAAGCUUGUGAAGUCUGAUCUUUGGGUUUCGAAGAAAGCUGUAAGUGGUGUUUUCAAGAUUAUCUUUGAAAAAACGUUCACAAUGAGCGCGAUUAUCGAAGGUUUUCGCAAAUGCGGGAUUCAUCCUUACAACCCGAAUGCGAUUGACAAGAAUCUUCUUCUUCGUUCAUGUGAUGAUGUCAGCGCAGAAAACAUUGAUUUGACUCAGACAUGUUUUAGUCAGAUAGAUGAUGCAUGCGGGUCUGAAUCGUCAAACAAUGUAGAUAUUUCGGCAAAUACGUCAGCAUUGAAUCUAUCGAAUGAAUCUUUGCCGGCAUUAUCCUCUUCAGAAGUGUUCGGGGAGCUGAAUUUCCUUGUAGGGGACGACGGGAUACUGACGUUAGAUACAACGCAGACAACGAACACUGAAAAUCAAGUCGCAAGUUACGAGUCAGAUAACGAUAACUGCACGGCAGUGUUAGCUCUGAAAGCGGUAGAAAGUUCGUUGACACCGAGGAAGAAGCGUAAAUAUGAAGAGUGUCUGAACUUCGAAAUUGAUUUAGACCGCGAUAACGUCUUCCAAAAGUGGAAAGCCCUGAAAUUAGACAUGGCCUCACACUGUAAACAGGUGCCGUCAACUUCAUCUGUUAGCUUGCCAUUAGAAUCUGUGCCUGAAACGGACACAAACCCUCCUGCUCAUGCAAAUAAAGAUAACAAUGCUAUGCAACACCCUUUAGUGAAAGCGGGUCUCAUAUCACCGGAACUUGUAGAUAUUUUGAUCGUUCCAUCGACUGGAAAACAAGAAAAAAAAAACUCAAAAGGCAAAAGUUCUUACAAAUGA